GAUUUUUAUGGAACUAUGGGGGUUAAAUUUCCCAAAUAUUAUUUGAUAAUUCUUAGGCUGCUGAAUAUCUUGCUUACUUGUAGAACUUUAGUUUCUUUUCAAUCAUGUUCUAGUUUAGUGUUGAUAUCCUUAGCAUUUGUGUUAUUCCGACUCUUCGUUUUUAUUGAAGUACCCAUACCCGGACAUGGGUACGAUAAUAUGACCUUCCAACGAUGUUAGAAAUGGGGAAAAAGAAAAGAAACUUCGAAGAAAUUGAACAUACCGAUGUCGAACACUAUCCACAUCCGACACUCGCACAUAAGUUUGAGUAACAUAGAUUCGCAGCAUUCUACUACUCACACCGGAGUUGGCAUAUGGCACUUGGAACUUGCAUUAUGUUGAUCAGUUGAUGGUAUUAAAUCAGCAACUUACAAUGACAUGUGUCACACGAUGUCUCAUUUGAUGGAUUGAUAACGACGUUGAUGAGUCAAAGAUCCCAUCUUCUUGUCUUGAUAUACUCUAUAUUUAACAAACCUUGUCGGGUUUCUUACUUGUCAUGGCUCGCAUUAAAAAGAUUAUGCAAGCAGAUGAAGAUGUCGGGAAGAUUGCAUUAGCGGUGCCUGUUUUAGUUUCAAAAGCAUUGGAAUUGUUUCUACAAGACCUUUGUGAUCAUACGUAUGAGAUUACUCUUCAGAGGGGAGCAAAGACCAUGAAUUCAUUGCAUUUAAAGCAUUGUGUACAGAGCUACAAUGUAUUCGAUUUUCUGAGGGACAUUGUUAGCCGGGUUCCUGACUAUGGUCAUGGCCAUUCUGAUGCUACUGCUGCUGCUGCUGCUGGUGGUACUGAUGAUCGAACUAUUUCGCGGAGAAGGAAAGCUACUGGAGAUGAGGUCAAUGACAGUGAUGAAGAAUCAAAGAGAAGCAGAAUGCAUGAUAUGGGUCAUGCAGGCACCAGUGGCAGAGGGAGAGGCCGGGGACGAGGCAGGGGUCGUGGAAGAGGAGCUCGAAAUGUGGAAAGAGAUGCUCAUCGUGAAAUAGAACCAGAACCCUGCUCAACUCUUCAGCAAAACAACAAAAGUCAUUCAACCUCGGGAAUGGUGAUAGAUGAUGGUUCCGAGUUGAAGGAACCGGUGAAAGAGAACACAGCUGCUGAAGAUGCCAAUCAAGCUGUUCGGAAUUUUGAUCUGAAUGCCGAGGUAGAUGAGAAUGUGGAUACAAAAGCCUCAGCAACUGCUGCUAAAGUUGCUGCACCUGCAUCCUCAGUCGGUGUUGCUAGUGCCACUGCUGCACCAGCAGCGCCAGCUGCAGCAGCUCAGCCUUCUACAGCAGAGCCUACAACAGAGGCCAAACAUGAAGAAUACCCAGGCUGGUCUCUUUCGGAUAUGGACAAGAUAGCUAUCGAUCCUCUUCAACUUGCUCGGCUUGGUGGAAGGUUAGACGAGGAUGAAGAAGAUUAUGAUGAGGAAGGGUGAGUAGCUCGAAACUGGACUCCUAGAAAAAGUAGUGGUUGAGAUCAGAUUAGCAACCCAGUAGGAAAACCCGAAAAUAGUCGGGAUGACCUUAUUGGAGUAUGGAAGUAUAUCCCAUGUAGGUCUCUCAAGGACUCAAAUGGAUUUCUCUUCUCUAUCUCUUUAUUUAUCUGUCACGGUUCGUUUUCUGUUAUAGCAUUUGCUAACAUAACUUUAAAAUGGUAGAUUCUCACAGCCGAAAGACACUAGUCCACAAACCUACUUGUUAUGCCACGAGAAAUUUGCGGUUCCGUAGUGUAACUAUGAUCUUAUUGUUCUUUCCAUUUCGAUUUAGCUCAUUAACUUUAGUUUCAUGAUUGUCAAA